UCUCUCAAUACACACACAUAUAUAUAAACUCACCCAUCCCAUCUCUCCACCUUAAUAGAAAACGAAGCUCAGAGUUUUUCGAGAAUCCUCUGUCUCUGUUUAUCGAAGACAGAUCGUUUUUGAGAAAAAAUUCUGAGAGAGAAUCGAUAAGAGGUAUCAAUAUGGUCUCGGAAAUAAGCAUAACACCGAAGCUGUCGCUGUUCUCGCUUCCUUCCCAGUCGCCGGAGUCGCCGGGGAUGCUAACUCCGCCGCUCCAAACCUCCGCCUCGAUUCCAUUCCAGUGGGAGGAAGCUCCAGGAAAGCCGAGGAACUGCGGUGGCAGCGCAGAAUCCAAACCCAAGUGCGCCAGAUCCUUGGAGCUGCCUCCGAGGUUGCUGAGCGAGGCGGCCAAAACUACCAACAUGCCCUCCCCGAUCACCGUGUUGGACGGGCCUGACGUUGGGCGGACUAUGUCUUUUUCGUUCAGAGUUAGGAGCCCUGAUGCUUUUGGGAUCAGUAAGAGGUUGAGCAAGGAGAGUUGUAGGAGGGGCGCCGGCGGUUUUGGGUCUAUGAGGUGGGGAAGUUUUAGGAAGAGCAAGGAGGUCGUUGGCCAGGGCGGCUUUGACUUUUUGCCUCCGGCUAGUGGCGGCGGUGGCGGUGGUGAAACGAAGGUGAAUAUCACAAGAGUUGGGAGGAGAGCCAGUUUCUUGAAUGAUUCCAACACAAGGUCACGUAUGUGGGCAAGCAUUUGCGAAAGCUUUAAGCAGGUGGUCCCAUGGAGACGCAGGCAAGAAAAAAUGAGAAAAAUGGUCUCCUAAAGAAAGCCCUUCGCAACCGUUCGAUCAACCCGAUCCGGCGAUCCAUUUCCUACUUGUUGAAAAAUUUGCGUAAAUACAUCAGAAAAUUGAAAAUAGUGAAAAUAGUCUAAAAUUCAUAAGCUUCA